UAAUAAUUAAGUCUGAUAUAAAAUACCGGUAUCUAAUGUAUUAAAAAACUUCUCUUCGAACGUUUUAUUGUUUGAAUUAGUGUAUGAAUCUGAGUGAAAACAAUUCUAAAUAAAACGCCCUAGAUAUUUUUUAGUGAAAAUUUAAAUGACCUUCAACAUCUUUCGCCCUGAAUCCAUGUCUAAAUCCGGCCCUGAGCGUCAAUUGAGUUAUUUAUAUAUGUGUACAGUAAAAAGUACGAGUAAACCAACAUAAAAAACAAAGAGGCAUUGUUAACAAUCACGAAAAACCAGCUGUUUAUUGUAUGCCACUAUCAUUGUUUGAAAUAUGGCAUCACCACAGAAUCUGGAUCCACACAGAGACCCUCGCAUUAGUUACGCAGAUAAAGUCACAUAUCCAUCUGGGCGGGCUCCUACCCAGAUAGACAUACAUGCCUCGAUGGUGUGGCGUCCCAGACAGUCUGUUUUGUCCAGCCCAUCAUCUUUCUUUUACGUUUCGGAAAAAUACGAGAGCUUAAAUUAUAUCAAGAUAUUGAACAAGCUCGAGGUAGAACAUGAGAAGACACUGACAUUUCAUUCGCUGAUGAUGGAGGACUGUGUACGCAUCUGUUAUUUUAUCCUGGCAGGGAUACUCACUGGACUGGUUGGUGUGUUUGUGGAAGGAGGUAUCCUGGUUGUCGGCAGAGCCAAGUACAGUUUCCUAAGUCAGUAUAUAUCUGAACACUUUAGAGGUGACCUUCCAGAGUUCACAGUAAUGGCUGUGGUAUGGUCUCUCUUCACCAUCGUCCCUAUCAUGAUUGGCUCUGCACUCGUUGUCUUCAUUGCUCCAUAUGCUGCAGGUGGAGGCGUUGCACAGUGUGUGGCCUACAUGAAUGGUGUCCGAGUGCCUAAGGUCCUCAGUAUCAAAGGACUCUGGGUAAAAUCCCUCAGCACAAUCUGCUGUGUUACCUCUGGUCUCGCUGGUGGUAAGGAGGGUCCAAUGAUGCAUCUUGGUGCCAUCGCAGGAGGAAGUCUUCCUUCCGCCCUUCCUUGGCCAUCCUUUAAGAGUGACCACGAGCGGAGGGACCUGGCAGCAGCAGGAUUUGGGGCGGGCAUCGCGGUCGCAUUUGGUGCACCCAUUGGAGGACUACUGUUGUCUGUGGAAGAAGGCGUUAGUUUCUGGGACCUCAGUCUAAUGUGGAGGUCCUAUCUCUGCAUACUUUUUGCCUAUUUCAUGGGAAAUUUGAUGCUCUCUUUGAUAGAAGGCCAACCAGGAGACUUCAACAAUCCCGACCUGCUGACGUUUGGCAAGAUCUCAUCUGAUGUGACGGAAUACGAGUUGUUUGAGAUAUUUUUAUUUGCUAUGGUGGGAGCUAUCGGAGGUAUGAGUGGUGCCCUACUCAUCCGGUUGCAUGUCUACAUUACUAUGUUUCGUAAGAGGUUUGUGAACACCAAAACACGUAAACUGACAGAGUCGUUCCUAGUCGGUUGUCUGAUAGCGGCGUUCAACCUGACUGCUGUGAUGCACAUCAAAAGCUGCUUCACAUGGAGUAAUGAGCCUCUAGACGACCAUAGUCGCUUGGAACCCUCUCAACUUCAUUGCCCAGAUGGUCAACACAGUGAUGCUUCCGUAUUGUUCUUACAGACACAACAAGGCAUUAUACAUUCGAUGUUCUCUACAGUGCCAGUACAAAUUUCCUCACUGUCUGUGUUGGCUAUUCUGUACUUUAUCUACAUCAACCUCACCAUGGGGCUGACAAUCUCCGCAGGUCUCUUCGUUCCCCAGGUGGUCUUUGGGUCUGUGUGGGGACGCAUAUUUGGCAUUACCCUGCACCACAUUUUCCCCAAUGCUCAGUGGGCCCACCCAGCAAAAUACGCCUACCUUGGUGCUGCAGCCCAGCUGAGUGGAACAGUAGGGAAGACCUUCAGUAUCCUGGUGAUCAUGGUGGAGGCAUCCGGUAGCAUCAGCUUCUCCUUCCCCCUCAUGGUCAUUGUCAGUGUCACUAAAUACGUUGAAAACUUCUUUGUCAUGCCCAUUUACGAGACACAGAUGCUCAUGAUGGGUUUGCCAUUCCUUCCAAGCAAACCACCCCCUCUGAGUGAGAAUAUCCCCACUUCCCGAGUCAUGUCCAACCCACCCCUGGUGACUUUCCCACUCCGCCCCACCGUCAUCACCGUAGUAACUAUCUUACAGCGCUGCAAACACCAGGGAUUCCCCGUCAUUGAAAAGGAUAAGGACGACAAAGACAUGCUGUUGGGUCUAAUACUACGGCAGCAGUUGCUAGUUCUGCUUAAACAUCAAGCGUACAAAUAUCCCUCACCCCAAACAUUCAAACAGAUGUCAGAGUGUCUGGCCUUGUAUCUGAAGGAAUCAAGGAAACAUCUAAAAAUUGAGAAAAUUGAAGUGGAUCCAUUGUACUAUGAUGUUGAAGUAGAUCUGACACCAUACUACGACCCAUAUCCUUAUGUGGUCCAAGAGACCAUGCCACUGACCAAAAGCUAUGACCUGUUCCGCAGCCUGGGCCUGCGACAUAUGAUAGUGGUUGAUGAGGAAAAUGUGGUUGUUGCUAUGGUGACAAGAAAAGACCUUGCCAAAUACCACACAUGGGUCAGCAUGUGCAGAAUGGGUGUCAAAGAAAUGCGGAUCCGAUAGUUUUCUCUGAGAUGAUUGUGUGUUGUGAAUAAAUACAUUCUUAUUAUGAACCUUU